AUGGUUCAUCUCGCUUCUGUCAAGAAGGACGACGAGGUCUUCGACCCUUCCUCCCGCAAGGUCGACUCUAUUGACAUUGCCCCUGAUGAGAACGACUUCUACACCAACGUCUACGGCAGCCACUUCGCCGCCGACCACCUCCCCCAGCAUGAAAUGCCCGAGCGGGAGAUGCCCCGUCAGAUCGCGGCCCGCAUGAUCAAAGACGAAUUGAGCCUGGACGGCAACCCCAAGCUGAACCUGGCCAGUUUCGUGACUACCUACAUGGAGGAUGAGAUCGAGGACAUCAUGCUCGACUCCUUCAGCAAGAACUUCAUCGACUACGAGGAAUACCCUCAUAGUGCCGAGAUCCAGAACCGCUGCGUCAACAUGAUCGCUCGCCUGUUCAACUGCCCCACCGACCCCAGCGGCGAGAACGCCAUGGGAACCUCCACCGUUGGCUCCUCCGAGGCCAUUAUGCUGGGUACACUGGCCAUGAAGAAGCGCUGGCAGAACAAGCGCAAGGCCGAGGGCAAGGACUUUUCCCGCCCGAACAUCGUCAUGAACAGUGCCGUCCAAGUCUGCUGGGAGAAGGCCGCCCGUUACUUUGAUGUGGAGGAGAAGUACGUUUACUGCACCGAAUCUCGCUAUGUGAUCGACCCCAAGCAGGCGGUCGACCUGGUGGACGAGAACACCAUCGGUAUCUGCGCCAUCAUCGGAACCACCUACACUGGUGAGUACGAGGAUGUCAAGGCGAUCAACGACCUCUUGAUUGAGCGGGGCCUGGACUGCCCCAUCCACGUCGAUGCCGCUAGCGGUGGCUUCGUUGCUCCCUUCACCCAGCCCGACCUGGCCUGGGAUUUCCGCCUUGAGAAGGUCGUCUCCAUCAACGUCUCCGGCCACAAGUACGGUCUGGUCUACCCCGGUGUUGGCUGGGUCAUCUGGCGUUCGCCUGAGUAUCUCCCCCAGGAAUUGGUUUUCAACAUCAACUACCUGGGUGCCGACCAGGCAAGUUUCACUCUGAACUUCUCCAAGGGUGCCUCGCAGAUCAUUGGCCAGUACUACCAGCUGAUCCGACUGGGCAAGCACGGCUACCGCUCGAUCAUGGUCAACCUGACUCGUAUCGCCGACUACAUGGCCGACCAGUUUCAACAGAUGGGCAUGAUUAUCAUGAGCCAGAGCAAGGGCAAGGGUCUGCCUCUGGUGGCCUUCCGUCUGCCCCCGAACCCAGACCGUAUCUACGACGAAUAUACCCUGGCCCACCAGCUGCGCGAGCGUGGCUGGAUUGUUCCGGCUUACACCAUGGCUCCUCACAGCGAGAAGCUGCAGCUGAUGCGCAUAGUUGUGCGCGAGGACUUUAGCAUGAACCGCUGCGACAGUCUCCUGACUGACGUGAAGCUGGCUCUGCAGACUCUGGACGAUAUGGACCAGGCUAUGAUUUCCAAGUACAACGCUCACAUGCGCAGCCAGCGCGCUCACCCCCGUCACAAGCAUACCCACCAGAAGUACCACGGCGAGAAGCACUCGCUGCAGGGUCAGACCGGCAAGACCCACGGUGUGUGCUAA